GGCCAGUUUAGGGUUUCUGCCGUUUUACACCCUGCAGAGAGCGGAUGAGGGCGCCAAGUGCACGAUAGGCGAGUUCCUUGCCAUUGUUCGCUCUCAAGUGUACACAAUGUCUGCACAUCUACCUCUGGACAUCGAUGCUCUCAUUGGGUUCACUCGGACAAUAUAUGCUUUCUCAUCCUUCUCCCAUGGUCAAAUAGUAAGUCUUCGCUGGCAUCACCAUUAUUAGCUUAGGCAGCUUUUUUCAAUUGCCGGUUACCGCCUCAUCUUCAGCUUUUAGGCCUUUUCUUAGUGCCCAUGUAUGAGCCUUUCUCCGAGGCUUUGCUCAAGUUGUAAUCCCUGCCUAGGUAAUGCCAACAGACCCAUUACUAUUGACUCUGAGCUCGGGAUGUCAGCUUUCUUCAAGCAUGUGAAUUUGUUUGCGCUGGACUGAACAAUUUCCACUUCUCGGACUGAUAUUGUUUGACGAGUUGAUAUACUCUGGAUGAAUGAUCUGCUUUGGCUGUGACUUGUUCCUUAACGGUCUGUUUUACGCCAUAACGGAAGAGAGUUGCAAACACGAGCCUCGAUCGAUCAAUGACAUCAGUAUCACCACCAGCGUCUUUUAUCGUAGCAUCCCCUCUUGGCAAUGGAUCGAGCUUGAUAGAAACAAGGGAACGAAACAUGAAUCUCUUAAAAGAUCUGAGAUUUGUCAACCUACAACAGAGCGACGUGACGUUUUUCAGUCCUGGUUCAGCAUGUGCUUGGGCCGCGGCUUUUUAACCAAUCCCCACCUACUGCUGCUCAAGAAAUAUCUUUUGAAGUAGCAGGUACUUGUUGAAUACUACCACCAAGCAAAGUUGUCAGGUUCACUUAUGCGACAAGACAGAAUAAAUCUUUAUCAGCAUGCAAGAUCGUAUCAAGAUUCGCAUACAUAGGUGGUUUGUUUGAUAAAGGAUGUACCUGGGGAAAGUUUUGCUCUGUCUUUUUAUAUGAGAGAGAAUUCAUGUGGUAGUAAGAUAUUAAUAUAAUCUUUGCCAAAUCUUGGA